CUCAACAGUCAACCGGCAGCAUGGCAUCAUCCAGCGGCACCGCCUACGCUCUGUUUUUGCAUCGCCAGGAAUUGCAACGCCGCCAGUUGCUAUACACUAAGAUUUCCAGGACCAAAAUACAGCUGACAAAGGAACUGAUAGCCAAGCAGAAGCAACGCUUGGGCAGCUGCAGCAACGAGGAUCUGGAGAUCCUCAACCGGGAGACACAGUUCAAGCGAACGCUACAGCAAAAGCUGAAACAUCGCAGCAAGCAGCUCAAAGCGAUGGCCAGGCAACAGGAGAGACUAAGUUGACUUCGGGGAUUUCCCCAUUUCCUUAAUAAUUUAUUUGUAGUUUUUCCCUCUCUAUACUUCCGGGGGAGUACAAGUUUAAUUAGUUUUAGCUUAACGUAAAUGAUGUGUGCUUUUCCAUAGUUUAACUUAGC